AUGUCCAGCGGCAGGCUUUAUAUGACAUUAGGGGACUGUAUCGGCGCUUGGUCGGCGUCAUGCACAGGUCGCCAAUGUAUCUUGUCACUUACCAGGUAUAUUGCCAGUCAUCCGGAGUUAGUUGAAAAGCUUUCAGAGACCUGGCCUAUCAGGAGACUGGCCCAGUUAACAGCGUAUUCAUUUUUCAAAGCAAAGGAACUUGGUGAAGAAGGUGUACAGAAGGGAGUGGAAAAAAUCAAAGACUCAGAGAUGCUCAAGCAAUUUGAAGAGAUGCCACCAAGUGAACACAAAAUGUCCACAUUCUUUCAUACAUUUGCAAAAGAACUUCGUGGAGGAAUGUCUGAACUUAGUGAUAAAAUAGAGAAAGAUAAAAAACAACUUGAGGAUAAAGAAAACUAAUGUAUUCACCCAGAAUUGCCAGAGUUGAUUAUUUACAGGGAUAUCUUUUGGUUAUUACGUGUAUUGCAAUGUACAAUUGUAGAGAUGAUUCUACAAUUACAAACAGUUACAAACACAGAGAAGAAAAUAGUCGAGAAUCUAUGCAUUUUCCAAGGUCUGUCAGACUCCAAGAGCUGCACACCUUGCAAAAUACAUAAUUAGACUUUGAAGAUGAGAAUGCUAGUGUGAUACAUAUGAAACUGGAGUAUCAGUACAGAUUUGCAUCAAAUGGGAGAUUCAAUUGAAAUGAAAUAUUAAGUUGGUCACCAUGUUCAUUCAUACUGAGAAAUACAUUUUUAUGAAUAUUGCAAUUCUUGAAAUAUCACAAAAUUUCAGUGAGAAUUGUCUUUGGGUUUACCUAGUAAUAGAGUCACAGUGACUUUCAUGACAUUAAGGUCUUGUGAAUGUCCUUAUAAAAAAUUAUUAAAUUGCAAAAUUUUAUCGAGUAAGUGUAAUUUUGUUUGAUUAAAGCUGUUGUUCCAUAUUUUUGUAGGCUUUGCACUUUAAAGCAACCAAUUACAUAAACAUGGUAAUACAACUGUUAUAAAAAUCAUUCAUUUAU